GGUCUAUGCUAUACACCCCUGACCGGACCGCAGUAAGAAGUUGGAGUAACAAACGCGAAGGGUAUCCUCAAACGAUUUCAUGUGGAUGGGGUAUCUGCAUGGCACUUGUUUCCUAUGGCAUCAAAUGAUAAACAAGAUCAUCUCAUUGGCCACAAUCAAUCGCCUUGCCUACAUGAUACAUCAAUGUGGGGAUCUAUCUUGGCUUCAGUGAAAGAACAGCUCCCAUCUUUUGACUCAGAUUCUUCCUCGUCAGAUGAGGAAGAUGGGGAAUUAUUCAUCUUCCGACGAGAUGAAGAAAAUCUGAUUCCAGACUUAACUGAAGAAUUAGAAGAUGACCCAGACAUUCAGCAGCUUCUGGAACCUGUGAUAAACACUAGAAAGAACUGGUAUGGAGGGAUAAAGGAUUCAGCCAUUCUGGGAGGGAAAGAUGCCGGCGAGCCUUUAAUGAUUGGUCCGGCAUUUGCACACAUUGAAGAAAUUCAAACAGACAUUCAUCUCAAGAUCUCUGAAGAAGGUACUAAGUGGCAGAAAGGAGAUGGCUGGGACUUGUUUAGUAACAGGGCUCAGGCUCUUAUCAUGGGACCCCAGGUGGAAGAGUUCCCAACUUCAACUUAUAAAAAAAGUCUCACAACUGACGGUUUAGUGGCUGGUAAUUUAUGUUCCUCUGAACAGUCAAAUUCCACAAGCAUAAAAGCUAUGAGAAAAGAGAGAAGAAGGCUGAUAGAGAAAAACAUACUUCGCAAGGAAAUCAAGGAGUCUCCACUUGAAAAUUUGAAUUGUUCACAAUUCACAGAACCCAAGGCCCAGGAAUCUACUGAGUCAGAGGAUAUAGAAGAAAAGAUGCCAGUCAGACAUGAAGGCUUGAAACUAAGGUGUCUUGAGAUACUCGAAGAGUGGGAUUUAGAUGGGAUACUUCAAAACCUGGCGGCACAAAAGGACCAGGGAGAGCAUGCAACACGAGCCACAUACUGGGAAGUCGACCCUUUUUUCAAAGACCAAGAAAGCCCUCUGUCCAACUCCCAGGACAGGCUUAUGGAGCAGCUAGUCGCCUUCUGUGCCAAACAGUCUAAAGAUUUAUCCUUACCCCGAAAGAAGCCUUCUGAUGAGCUCUGCCACCCUUUGGAGGGCCAGGUCAGAAGCAGGUGUAUGUCACACCUAACACCAGGGCAGAGUCAAGAUGUGGCUAAAGAUGAAAAGCUGAUGAGGAUCAUGGAGCCUCCCACAGUUUUCAUUGACCUCAGGCAGCCUGAGCCAAAGAAAUCAGUGCCUCUGCCUAGGUCAGAACACAGAUUCCAGAAUCGAGAGGACAAGCCCAGCUCCAGUGAUAGCUCUACUGAAAGUGAGGAAGAAACUCCACAUGUGAGAGAUGACAAAGGAUCCAGAGAGAAAAUUUCGCAAGGCCCAAGGGACCAAACUGGGAAAAGUUACCUGCUACAACAGCUCCGUACUUUCCAGAAGACCUCUCAGUCAUGUGGCACUGAAACCAAAGUAAUUACCCAAGAGGGUGAUGGUACUUGGGAUGCUAAAAUUUUUGAAGAUGUGGCCAAGUCAGGAAUCAAGAGAAAACAACAAGUGGUAACAAGGGAGACACAUCAGAACACUUCAGUGAGGCCACUGGGAUCCACAUGCCUCCCUCUCCUAGGCCAGGAGGCCAAAGGUAGAGGAGAAAAUCCAAAGGGCAUAGACAAGAAUCCAGAUUCAGAAAAAUUCAUUGUAGAGAUGGCUACCUCUCUGAAUAAAACAAGAGAAACUUCAAGUUGGAAGAACUAAUGGGGAAUGUAACUGUCUGCCUAACCUUCAAGAGCCCUCACCAACAUGAAGCCCAUAACUUCUCUCAAAGAAGCAAUUCCAAUAAAGUCAGUCCCUUGGCACAACAAAAUGAGUCGACUUCAUGGAAGGAGCAGAAAGAAUUUCAAAUUCUUUGGCAAAGAUUGUAACCCUCCAGUGUGACCACUCACGCCACGAA